UUCUUCAGAUGCCCCCAACAAACAUUGACAGGAAAAAAAGAUCAUUUGUUCACAAUGUCAGCAUCUUCAGCAACUUCAUCUUCUAACUUUUACAGUGUCCUGACAAGAAAAGCCUGAACCAUUGUUGAAAGAAGAGAGGCAAACCUCUCUGUUUCCUUGAAUCGUGCAAGUUGUGAAAUAAUCCUUCAAUACUCAAUUCAUCUGAGGGUGAAGAUUUUAUUGACAAUGACAGAUUCACAACUGAGGAACUUCUGUGAAAGUGAUUUUACUGAUGGAAAUGAUUCAACUCUUCCAUCAUCUCAGGAUGGUCACUUGCCUGAAUGUCAAGUGGUCAAUCAAAAGCGUCAGAGUGCAGCUAUUGCAACUGGAGAGACAUUGGGGAAGACCAAGAAAAGGCCCAAUACCAGAUUAAUCCGUGAAUCUAUUGAGAAUAUUUCUGUUGAAACUGCCCCAGCCAUCCUGAAACAUAAGUCAGUGGGUUUUUUGCAUGAAACUGAAAAAAAGUUAGGACCAAAUAACAUAAAAAGAAAUGAUUUAGGUGUUUGCAGUGGCAAAGGCCCAUAUGUUCUUGGCACUCUUGGCCCCUUUGUUGUUUUAAAAUCUCCAAAGGCUCGAAAGUCUUCAGAGUUUUGCAGUCUUGAAGACUAUUUCUACAAACCAAAAUUCAAAUCUACAGAAGCUGAAUGGGGAAGAGCUAAAUUCUGGACAAAUUUUCAAGAAUCCUUGCAUAGCAAUAACCAAUUCACUCCAGAAGAUUUAGAAAAUGAAUUGAAUGAAAAAAUAAAUAAAAUUGCUAAGCAUUUUAUAGAUUUUAAACUUGGCACUCUUGAUGAAAAGUCUAUGGAAAAAAAGAAGAUUAAUAAGGUUGAUUAUGGGAGGCCUUACUUGCCAACAUACAAGGAUCUUGAGUUUCUUGAAAAAUUGUUCAUGGACAAGAAAACUGAUGCUGAUGAAGACACUGUGUUUGGAAGCAUGUGUAAAUCGAAGCAAAACCCACAAUAUAAUCAAGGAAAGUUUACAGAAAAAGAGGAACAAAUUGUUACUGGAAAUUGGAAUAAGUUUCAAAAAAAUACUUGA